CGUGCCCCCAGUGCGGGCAGCGCUUCGCCCUGGCCCGGGGGGGCUGUCUGCAUUUCCAGUGCUCCCAGUGCCACCACCAGUUCUGCUCCGGCUGCGGCGCCCAGUUCCACCGGCCCGGGCAGAGCUGCCCCCUCCCCCCAGUGCCCCCUGCGGGGGUCCCUGCACGGGCACCACCCCCGGGAUUGCCUCUUCUACCUGCGGGACUGGAGCCAGCCCGCCUGCAGAGCCUGCUCCAGGCCGCCAACGUCGCCUUCGAGACGGAGCCGCCUCCUGACGCCCCCCCCAACCCCACUGGGCAGUGCCCGGUGCCGGAGCAGAAGGAGGUGGGGGCGGCGCUGCGCGACGAGCCCUGCGCCAGGGCCACGGCCCCCGGGCACGCCGGCCUCUGCCGCGGUCACUACACCGAGUACCUGGUGUCCCUGAUCAACCGGCACGGCCUGGACCCCGCCCCUCUCUAUGACGCGGCCGAGCUGCGCGCCGCUGCAGAGCGCCACCUAGCGGCCGGGAGGAGCCGCCGCCUGCCGGGCGAGAGCGAGGCCGAGCACGCACUGCGCAUGCGCCGCCUGCUGGGGGAGGAGGCGCCCGUCAGGCCCCGCCCACAGGGGGCGGGGCUGAGGGCGAUAUGGAAAUGAGCGACCUUAUAUGGGAAAAAUGUCCUUAUAUGGGAAAAAUGUCCUUAUAUGGGAAAUAUGGGGUUUGAGGGGGGAUUUUGGGG